GCAAGCUCGCUGUAGCUGAAGUUCCUUUCUCAAAUGUUCUAGUCAUCACCAUGAUCGACUAGUGCUUAUCAAGUUUUACCGUAAAGCAGAAACUUCGGUGCACUAUAAAUACGCACGAUCGAUCGGUGUGAUCACAACCCCAGAAAGGUUAAGAUGAUUGAAGGAAAUGGUUUCCAGAAGCUGUCGAAGAUCGCUUCUUCGAAGGCUUUGGUCAUCCGAGUCAACCUGGUUUUCCUUGCUCUCUUUUUUGUUGUUUACGCUGGUCUUCUUCUCCAGCCGUCUGCCACUAUCUAUUACCAGAACGCAGCAGUAUCUCUGCUUAGGUGCUCAUUUAGCGACUGCCAUCAGAAGGGUAAGGUGGAUGAUGGCGUUAAGAUGAUGAAGCAGGUAGUGAAGGAGACAAAAGAGGAUUAUAUAGUCACACGGCGUGAAGGGUUGAAUGCGAGUACUAAAAUGGAGGUGCCGAGCUUUUUGGAAGGAAGAAUAAGGAAGGGGAUUAAGAUUGGGAUGGUGAAUAUGGAAGAAGAUGAUGUCAGCGAGUGGAAGAGGUUUGGAAAGGUCAUACCAGUUCGUUUCAACCGGGUUUCAGAGUUUUUCAAAUGGGAGGAUUUAUUUCCUGAGUGGAUUGAUGAAGAGGAAGAGACUGAUGUGCCAUUUUGCCCGGAGAUACCAAUGCCGGAGUACCGAAAUUACGACAGGAUGAACCUCGUGGUAGCUAAAUUGCCGUGCAAGUACCCGGAGGAGGGGUGGAAUAGGGAGGUGUUUAGGCUGCAAGUCCAUCUCAUAGCGGCGAAUCUGGCCGUGAAGAGAGGAGCCAAGGACAGGAAUUUGAAGACAAAGGUGGUGUUUUGGAGCAAAUGUAGGCCAAUGCUUGAGAUUUUUAGGUGCAGUGACUUGGUGAAACAAGAAGGAGAUUGGUGGUUGUAUGAGGCAGAUAUGGCAAAGUUGAAGCAAAAGGUGUCGUUGCCUGUUGGCUCUUGCAAUCUGGCUUUGCCUCUCUGGGGACAAGGAAUCGACGAAGUGUAUGACCUGUCCAAGAUCCAAGGCUCAACAAAGAAUGCAGCCAAAGAAGCCUACGUGACCGUCCUCCACACAACGGGCUCCUACGUCUGCGGCGCCAUAACCUUAGCUCAGAGCCUCCUCCAAACCGGCACGAAGCGCGACCUCGUCCUCCUCCUCGACGACUCCAUCUCCGCCCCCAAACGCGACGCCCUCGCCGCCGCCGGCUGGAAGCUCCGGUUCAUAAACCGUAUCCGAAACCCUAAAGCCCAAAACGGCACCUACAACGAGUACAACUACAGCAAGUUCCGCCUCUGGCAGCUCACGGACUACGACAAGGUCAUCUUCAUCGACGCCGACAUCGUUGUACUUCGAAACCUCGACCUCCUCUUCCACUUCCCUCAGAUGUCGGCCACCGGCAACGACAUCCACCUCUUCAACUCCGGCGUCAUGAUCAUCGAGCCCUCCAACUGCACCUUCCAGCACCUAAUGGACCACCGUGACGACAUCGUUUCGUACAACGGAGGCGACCAGGGCUUCCUCAACGAGAUCUUCGUGUGGUGGCACCGACUUCCGAGAAGGGUUAACUACUUGAAGAACUUCUGGUCCAACACCACGCUCGAGCAGAAGAAGAAGGACGGGCUGUUCGGGGCGCACCCGCCGAAGCUGUACUCGAUACAUUACUUGGGGUUGAAGCCAUGGCUGUGUUACAGGGACUAUGACUGUAACUGGGACAUACAAAACCAGUUCGUGUACGCGAGUGACGCGGCACACCGGAGGUGGUGGGAGAUUCACGAUAAGCUGGACGAGAAGUUGCAGAAGUUUUGUCUGUUGACCAAGGAGAGAAGGACUAAUGUGAACUGGGAGCGGAGGAAGGCUAGAAAAUUGAAGUUUCCCAAUGGACACUGGAAAAUCAAUAUUACAGAUCCUAGACGAAAACAUACUGUGGAAGACGAGUAGGAUUUGUACAUUUUCUUUAUGCUUGUUCCACUUAAAAAUUUUUGUUUACAUAAUGCCCCUGUGUUCAUAUCAUAUGUGGGAUGUUUUUCUUGAUAAAUUAUCACAGUGUGACAGAUUUUACAU